AAAAUGUUUAAUAGAGGCAGCCAUGAAACUUGUGUUUGUUUGAACAAAUUGAAGGACAUUUCAAACAUAUGUAUUAAAGAAACUUGUCCCCCCAAACUAGACGAAUCACAAACAUUUUACCAAAAUCUGGAGGAUUGAAACGCCAAAGUGUAAGCAAUGUCAGUGUCAGCGAGAAAUACAGCCAUUAGUCAAGAUUAUGGGAGUAUCUAUAAACACCAGUCGAGCACCUUGGAUGGCGAUGCAAAAAAAAAGUCCGUGCAGGUCACCCAGGCGUUGGGCGAGGAGCAAAAGGCUAAGAAGAAGGAUACUAUGCACUAUUACAAUGUCGAGACUCUAGCUGAUCUGCAGUUUCGCUCCCAGAUCAAGGUCCUGGAGAAAGUCGAUGACGAGGAGGUGGACAUGACGCCCAAGCCGAUACCAAACGAAACCUACGUGGAGCAGUUCAUGAAGUACAACCUUAACGUCCUGCACCAAAUGACGAACUUUACGACGAUGCUGACCAAGAGCACAACCAGGUCCCGUACGCGGUCCAGCGUGCGGGCCGGAAUAGGUGGCAACAAGCAGUCAAUAGAUGACCUGAUGAGCGGGAUCAUGUACGAAACCAUUAACUGGGACCCGUACAGCACCGUUGAGACCCACGAACAGGCGUACGAACCCAAGCCGUACACCAGGUCCUUUGUGAAGAUCACGUUGCGCAAGUCGGACUUCUUCGAGCUGCACAGUCAGGCGCAGUCCACGGUGGCCAAGGGAACGCCAGAGGGCGACGAAACGGAACGGGACAACCGCAACUACGAAUACCUCACGGUGGGCAAGGGCAAGAUUAGGCGUCGAUCCGACAACGAUGCCCAGACGGAGACACUGCUGUUCACCACGAGGGCGGUAAAUACCAUCCUGUUAACCAAGGCCACAGUCAGUUCGUACGUGUCCAACUUCGAAAUGUAUGACACGCUGAACAACAUCAGCAAGGAGUUCGCCACGAUGGCAUCGGUUAAGGAUCUGGCUUCGGCUCUAGCGCAGACGGAGGAGGCAGAGAGCUUUGAGGACGAAGAGGACAUGGCCGAGAAGGACAAGUCCACGUCCCAGAUCGAGCGGUUGUUUCGGAACCCUGAGUUCCGUAACGCCAUCAUGUACAUGGGCCGCACGCUCUCGAGCAACACGAAUGAGGCGGGAUUGCGGCGCUUCCGGAACUUCGACCAAGUUGAGCGGUUGAACGCAGAGGCCGAGUAUGUCUACUCUAUGAACCUGCUCUUCCGUCUGGUGCCAGAGCCCAGCAAUAAUGAGCGCAAGGCAGUCAGCGACAUAGACAUCUGCCGCAGCAACGGCGACAUCCUGGCCGUGGCCUACGGGUUAUACUCCUUCUCCUCGCAGCAUGUGCCCACAUCGGGCAGCGUUUUCCUGUGGAGCAUCAAGAACCCGGGCGAGCCGGAACGCGCCUAUUACUACGAUGGACCGGUGACGGCAAUAAGCUUCUCGCCCUUCCUGCCCAGCCUGUUGGCCAUCGGGCUGUACGACGGUAGCGUUGAGGUGCGGGACGUGAGCAGUCUGCAGGACGUGCCCAUCGCUGUGUCGCAGAGGAGCACCUCGCCCGGAUCCUCGCCGGUGGUGGCCAUCCGCUGGAUCAAGCAGGUAACAGACGACGGCGAGGAGGCGGAAAUCGACCCGUUUCUAAGCCUCUCGCAGGACGGCUCCGUCACUCGCUUCCGUAUCAUCAAGAGUCCCUUCCUGCUGGGCUUCAACCAGAUGACUCUGGAGCGGGUCGAAGGUCAUCCCGAGGGCAUCUUCGUGCACCCCUCGUCGCGGAUCCCCUGCGAGUCCAACCGGCACCCGCAAGGAUUGAGCCUCACCACCCACCCUCUGCACAAGGACAUCUACUACGUGCUCACCGACGAGGGAUGCAUCCACAAGUGCUCGAUCAACUACCAGCACCAGUAUCUGGAGGUCCUGCGCUGCCAUGACGGGGGAGUCACGGUGAUGGAGUUCUCGCCCUGGUCCCCCAAACUGUUCCUCACUUGCGGCAACGACUGGUUCGUGCGCAUCUGGAUCGAUGGCAUCACACGACCAUUACUAGAGCUGCAGGACGAGAUGACGCCGGUGCACUGGGCCAAGUGGAGUCCCACCCACUCCACGAUCAUAGUCUCAGUCAACCGGGAGACCGCCAACAUCUGGGACUUCCGUCGUAACUUGCUACGACCCAUGUCCAAACACAAGAUGGACUCCUCUUUCAACACUGUAGCCCGAUUCUCCCACUGCGGUCGCACCCUGGUUAUUGGCAACGAGCGCGGCAACACACUCUUCCACGCCCUCAACGACAUGCCCUUUUCGCCCCACUUCCAAUAUGAUGAGUUGGAGAAGGCCAUAUUCAAGGCCAUUGGCAACGACUACGAGCUUUUAAUGGAGCUCAAAAGCAUUGGCUUCUUCGGCUAUCCUGACAAGAAAGCUGUUUUCUAGACUUUAAGAUUUGGUUUGUUGUGAAUAAAGACCAUAAUAAAGAAUGACAGUGCAUUUACCAA